GGCGUGCCGCCAAUUUUCUUUCAUUAUAAACAAUUCCUGAAGCAAACGCUCAAAAUCUAAUUCCAUGACUUCCAAAAAGACUCACUCCCAUUUCCUCUGUUUUGCUCUGAUCUUCGUUUUGGGAUUCUCAGCUUCACUUGCCUCGGCUCGUUCUCUUCCCGAGCCAUCCAUUUCGGAAAGGUUCGAGCAAUGGUUGGCUCAAUAUGGCCGCCUCUACAAAGAUACCGCUGAGAAGGAGAACCGUUUUCAAAAUUUUCAGGAAAAUGUCAAGUAUUUUGAAUCCCACAAUGCCAAUACGGGUAAAAAAUACAAGCUAGGAAUCAAUGCCUUCACAGACCUGACCAAGGAAGAGUUUAAAGCCAUGAGAAAUGGUUACAAACCACGUUCCUCAAGAAAUUUAUUCUCAUCAUCAAAAAGUUCUUCCUUCAAAUACGAAAAUGCGUCUCUGGCUGCCGUUCCACCACAGUGGAUUGGAAAAAGAAAGGAGCCGAGUUUGCUGGGCGUUCUCUGCAGUGGCAGCCAUGGAAGGGAUUACUCAGAUCACUAUGGGGAAAUUAAUCUAAAUUCGGAGCAAGAGUUGGUUGACUGUGACACAAGCGGAAUGGACCAAGGCUGUGAAGGCGGUCUCAUGGAUGAUGCUUUUGAGUUUAUCAUUUCAAACAAAGGCCUCACCACCGAAUCCAACUAUCCUUAUGAAGGAAUUAACGGAAGCUGUAACAGCGUGAAGGAAUCCAACCAUGCUGCCUGGAUCACCGGAUAUGAAGAAGUGCCUUCAAACAGUGAGGCAGCGCUGCUGAAAGCAGUGGCACAACAGCCUGUUUCAGUUGCCAUUGACGCUGGUGAAUCUGAUUUCCAGCACUACUCCAGCGGAGUGUUCACUGGUCAGUGGGGGACUGAGCUAGACCAUGGGGUGACUGCAAUUGGGUAUGGAACUCCAUCGGAUGGGACCAAGUAUUGGCUGGUGAAAAACACAUGGGGUACUAUAGUUGGGGCAUGGAGGGUUACAUAACGAUGGAGAGAGAUAUUGAUACUCCUGAGGGACUCUGCGGCAUUGCCAUGGAAGCCUCUUAUCCAACUGCUUAAGAAGCCAAGAUGCAUAUAUAAUAUUGUUGCUUUUAGCAACAUAUACAUGGUUCUCCUUUGUUUACCAUGACACCAUGAAACUAAAAUAGGAACAAGGACUAUGUACGAAGUUCCGAAGAUGUACCAUAUAUGUAUUUAUCUUGUGUAUCCAAUGUAUUCAACAACAAAUUUCACUUCUCUUUUGUAAGUUUUGAGGUAGCGUGUUUGAAUGUUUAGCCUAAUCAUACAAGUAUGCAAUGUAAACAUAAGUAAUCAAAUUUCAUUUGCCUU